UGUUCUUGCCAGAGAAGAGUGACACAAGGUGGAGUCAGUGAGUGAGCGCGUGAGUGAGCGAGCGCGUGCGUGCAGAUGUUUGUUUAUUUAUUUUUCUUUAGCAUCAAUACACACCUGGGUGAUGAAAAGUGUCCUCGCGCGCGGGUUUCAUGGAGGCUUCAAAAGGCUGCCGGGGUCGCGCUCGAGCCGGCCGGAAGCUGUGUUCUGUAAUAACAGAGCGCUCGCGCAUUUCCGUAUCGAAGAGCACGCGCGGGCAGACGGUGCCAUCCGGGUUGACUUUCAUCAGACUAAAGAGGCCUACAAGAGCAAGAGCAGUGCAGAGCUGAUCAGGGGUCUGCUGGUGUUUAAACUCUGCUCCUAUGACUUCCUGGUGGAUAAAAAUAAGGAGAUAAUGGACCUGAGUAAAAAGCUGCUGGGCCAGACGCUGUUUGAGAAGUUGAUGAAAAUGACAUUCUACGGUCAGUUUGUAGCAGGAGAGGACCAUCAGUCCAUCAAACCCCUGAUUCAGAAGAACAGAGCCUUCGGAGUAGGAGCCGUGUUGGACUACAGCGUGGAGGAAGAUCUCACGAAGGAGGAGGCCGAGACAAAAGAAAUGGAAUCAUGUGUGUCCGCAUCAGAAAAAGAAAACCCCGGAAUGGAUCAUCGGGAGAGGAAGUUCACCGCCCAUCGGAAGUUUGGUGAUCGCAGGGACCGUGUAAUGAGUGCUCGCACGUAUUUCUAUGCCGAUGAAGUCAAAUGUGACCAGCACAUGGAAACGUUUGUGAAGUGCAUCAAGGCGUCGGGUGGAAGUUCUGAGGACGGUUUCUCUGCCAUUAAGAUGACUGCACUGGGACGUCCACAGUUCCUGCUGCAAUUUUCCGAGGUGCUUUUGAAAUGGAAACGUUUUUUCAGUUUCCUGGCAGCGCAGCAGGGGAAAGACACUCGAGAGGUGCUGGAGCAGAAACUGGACCUCGAGCAGCUGCAGACUUUUCUGACAAAGCUGGGAGCCAAAGGCGACAUUCACGGCUGGUUCACGAACGAGAAACUGUGCUCAUCAGGGACCAUCGACAUGCUGGACUGGAACGGUCUGAUUGACGAGAGGACCAAGAUAUCCGAUCUUCUCAUGGUGCCCAACCUUGAGACAGGCCAUCUGGAGCCCCUGCUGAAGAAAUUCACUGAGGAAGAGGAGAAGCAGAUGAAGAGGAUGCUUCAGAGACUCGAUGUACUUGCUAAACAUGCAGUGGAGAACAGCGUGAGGCUGAUGGUGGAUGCAGAGCAGACGUAUUUUCAACCCGCCAUCAGCCGCCUGACUUUGGAGAUGCAGCGCAAGUUUAACCGAGACAAACCGGUCAUCUUCAACACCUACCAGUGCUACCUGAAGGAAGCCUUUGAGAAUGUGUGUGUAGACAUUGAGCUGUCGAGGAGAGAAGGCUGGUGUUUCGGAGCUAAGCUGGUACGGGGGGCGUACAUGCAUCAAGAGAGGAGCCGAGCUCAGGAGAUCGGCUAUGAAGAUCCCAUCAACCCGGACUACGAAUCUACAAGCCAGAUGUACCACAGGUGUCUGGACUAUGUCCUGGAGGACAUCGACAAGAACGGGAAAGCCAAUGUCAUGGUGGCAUCACACAAUAUAGACACUGUGAAACACACAAUCCAGAGGAUGAGUGAAAUGGGACUCGCACCAACUGACAAGAAGGUGUAUUUUGGUCAGCUGCUUGGGAUGUGUGACCAGAUCAGCUUUCCAUUAGGUCAGGCAGGCUUCCCGGUGUACAAAUACGUACCGUACGGCCCGGUGAACGAGGUGAUCCCGUACCUGUCUCGGCGCGCUCAGGAGAACCGAGGCAUGAUGAAAGGAGCAAGGAUGGAACGAAAGCUACUAUGGAAAGAGCUUAUACGCAGACUGACUCAUGGAGAACUGUUCUACAAACCCUGUCUGUAAAAGCCACACACUCCUGCUGUGCUUUACUCCGGACUCAGACAGUUCCUCUGUCUUUGCUUUUCUAAUUUAGACACCUGAAGAGUUUGGUUGCAAAAUGCAAUAAAUCCACUGCAAUAAA